CAGUCCCUUUAGUCGGGGGCACAGAGAGCUGCUGAAUGUAUCCCAGCCCUUCUCAUUGCCCGGCUCAUACCUGUCUGUGGCUCUUGGCAGCACGGCUCUCAGCUGGAUCAGUUCUUGGCAGAUAAUAGAGUGUAAGCUCUCCCAUCUGAAUAAUGAAGCCAGCCAUCGUCUUCCUCACAUUGCUGUAUUUACAGCUUACGGCGGCAACCUUCAAAAUCUGCACUUUUAACAUCAAAAGUUUUGGGGAAGCUAAAGCCUCUAACAAGAAGGUGAUGGGCACACUGGUGAAGAUAUUGUCCCGGUGUGACAUUUGCGUCAUUCAGGAGGUCAGAGAUUCCAAAGGAGAAGCGGUCCCAGCACUGAUGAAGGAACUCAACAAAUAUGACACUGGCCAUCAGUAUACUUGCCUAGAGAGCAAAAGGCUGGGGAAAAACAGCUACAAAGAGCAGAUAGUAUUUAUCUACAGGUCUGAUAUGGUGAAGGUUGUAAACUGGUACCAUUAUGACGAGGAGCAACCAGAUCACCCAGAAGCCUUUGCGAGGGAGCCAUUUAUUGUUCAUUUCCAUUCACCCAAGACAGCUCUAAAGGACUUUGUGCUGAUGUCCCACCAUACCUCCCCUAAGGGGGCAGUCAAGGAAAUCAACAAGCUGCUGCAUGUCAUGCUGGAGGUCAAGAAGCGCUGGAAAACUGAGAGUAUAAUGCUCCUUGGUGACCUGAACGCCUCCUGUGGGUAUGUGACUCUAGAGGAGUGGAAAAACAUCCAACUAAGAAGUCAAAACACAUUUCAUUGGCUGAUUGGAGACAAGGAUGACACAACUGUGAGUGAAAAUACCCACUGCGCCUAUGACAGGAUUGUUGUACAUGGUGAGAACUUUCUGAAAGCCAUAGUGCCAGGAUCUGCAAAGCCCUUCAACUUCAAAAAGAAACUUGGUCUGUCAGAUGAGGAGGCCCUGGAGGUGAGUGACCAUUUCCCAGUAGAAGUGAAUCUACGGGCCGAUCCCAGGCUGAACAGAGACCUCUAGUGUCCAGUUCCAUGUGCAGACUGAGUGCCAGGUCACA